AUGGGAUACAAUAUGGCGAGAAAUCUCCAAACAAAAUUACCUUCUGCCGAUACGAUUCGAGUUUAUGACAUCAAUACUGAUGCAGUGGAGAGAUUCACGAAAGACACAAAAGCUCUUGGAAGAGGUGCUGCCGUAGAAGCUGCAACCAAUGUUAGGGAAGCUGCCGAGAAUUCUGAAGUUACCAUUACCGUUCUACCUGAACCAUCACAUGUGCAAAGUGUCUUUGGUCAGAUACUUAAGCCUCCACUUUCUACAUCCGUAGUCGCCAAUUCAGACCGUCUCUUCAUUGACUGUUCUACAAUUGAUCCAACGUCUUCCAAAGAAGUUGCUAGGGCUGUUCACACUACGCAACAAGGUCGAUUCGUUGAUGCGCCAAUGUCAGGAGGUGUUGUUGGCGCAACCGCCGGAACUUUAACCUUCAUGCUUGGUGCUCCGGAUGAUCUAGUGGAUCGUGUAAGUCCAAUACUCACGAUGAUGGGCAAGAGAGUGUUACAUUGCGGAGCCCAAGGAGCAGGUCUUUCUGGAAAGCUCACCAACAAUUAUCUUCUGGCUAUCAACAACAUUGCGACAGCUGAGGCAAUGAACCUAGGAAUCACUUUGGGUCUCGAUCCACAAGUUCUAGGUAACCUGAUCAACAGCAGCACUGGCAAAUGUUGGCCAAGUGAACUGAAUAAUCCGGUUAAAGGUGUAGUCGCUGGCGCACCAGUCGAAAAAGAUUACAGUGGAGGAUUUGGUAUCAGUCUUAUGAGAAAAGAUUUAGGACUUGCAUUAAAAGCGGCAGAAGAAGUUCAGGCCAAACUUGAGCUUGGUAACAGAGCUCAAGAGGUUUAUGAAACUGUAGAACAACAGGAGAAUUGUAAAGGCAAGGACUUCUCUGUUGUGUAUAGAUAUAUCAGUGGUUCCGCGUAG